UGACUGCGGACGGUUGUCCAAUAACAAGGACCGACGCAAAGGCCAGCAACGGAGUGAUACACGUGAUGUCAGAGGUCAUGUUUCCGCUUCCGGGGCCAAGCAUCACGGAAACUCUCAGCCACAUGCAGAACUUCUCAUUUCUAUUGACGGCUCUGCAAAAAUCAGACCUUGCUGGGACACUGUCUGGGGAUGACACGUACACAUUCUUUGCACCAACCAACGAGGCGUUCGACAAGCUCCCUCCGGCGUAUCUAGAAAUGCUUCUGACAACCAAGAUGGCGCUGUCGGACCUGUUAGAGUUUCACAUGUUCUACGAUGUAUCCUUCCGCCCUGCGUUCUACGACGGACUAAGGAUAAGAUCGCUACAGGGACCUUUUCUUACAUUCAGAGUUGAAGGACCUCCAGGGCCAACUGCGAAAUAUAUGGUAAACAACGCCACCUUCCUAGGACUCCAGCAACCUGCCGCUAACGGGGUCAUCCAUGUCAUCGACCGAGUUAUGAUAUCUCCUGAACCUUGACCUUUGAACCCUGCCUUGUCUGCGACAACUACAGUAUAAUUAAACUCUUACCUGGUUACUACUAUUGGUACAAUGCAAAAUAUCAUUCAUACUAUUUAGAUUAAGGUUUCACUUGUCUAGAUUUUUUUUGAUUCCAGGGAUCAUAUUUAAGAUAUUGCAUGCAGAAUUCAUUAAACCUGUUUAUUGAAAUAAUUGAAUGAUAGAAUAUGAUGAUUAAACUAUGCUUCAUGCA